AUGGCUGCCGACGAGAUCGUAUGGCAGGUCAUCAAUCAGCAGUUUUGCUCCUUCAAAUUAAAGCUGAGCGCCAAAGACCAAACCUUCUGCCGCAACGAGUACAACCUGACAGGGUUUUGUAAUCGACAGUCAUGUCCUCUGGCAAACUCGCGCUAUGCCACUGUCCGCCCCGACCCUGAUACUGGGGCAUUGUAUCUCUUCAUCAAGUCCCCCGAGCGAGUUCACCUGCCGUCCAAAUGGUGGGAAAAGAUCCGGCUGCCGAACAACUAUGAAAAGGCCCUUGCCCAGAUCGACGAGAAGCUGAUCUACUGGCCGAAAUUCUACACGCACAAAUGCAAGCAGCGACUGACGAGGUUGACACAAGUGGCCAUCCGUCAGAGGAGAAUCGCCAAGGAGGAGGAGCGACUCGGCGAGAAGCUUGUGCCUAAAUUGUCCAGCAAGAUACGCCGUCGAGAAGAGACGCGAGAGAGGAAGGCCGAAAGUGCGGCCAAGGUCGAAAGGGCCAUUGAGAGGGAACUCAUUGACCGGUUGCGAAGCGGCGUCUAUGGCGAUCGCCCGAUUAACGUGGAAGAGAACGUGUGGAAGAAGGUGCUCAAGGGUCUCGAAAGGGCAGAGAAUGGAGAGGAUCUGGCAGAGGAAGACGAAGAGUAUGAAGAGGAGGUCGAGGGUGAGGUUGAGUACGUCUCCGACGUCGAAGCCAGUGGGGACGAAUUGGAGGAUUUUGACGACUGGUUUGACGGAGAGAGCACCGGCGAAGACGACGGGUCGCAACCUUCUUCCGAUGAAGACGACGAAGACGAUGAAGAAGGACCUACGCCAGGCGGGAAGAGAAAACGAGCCGCGCCGGCUCCCAAGCCUCGUAAGAAAAAGGGACGGGUCGAGAUCGAGUAUGAGACGGAACUGCCGCAGAAGCAGGCAUUGCGUGCUUGA